UCUGCGCGCGACUCCAGGACGCGACUCAAUCAAGCCGCAGUUUGCGCUGGGCGUGGAUGUGUGGAUCAGAUGGUCCCACUGGGACGGAUCCUUGAAUUCCGCCAUAGCUACCAACAGUCAACGGCCCUCUGGUUAGUUGACGUUGCCGCUGCGUUCGACUCCGUCCAUCGUGACUCUCUAUGGCGGAUAAUGACAUUAGCCCUAACUGAACACGAGGAACUUCACAGUAAGGGCGAUGAACUGGACAAAGCCGUACGCACAGCCGAGGAGGAGUUGAGAGCGCUAGAGAACACUGUUUUGGUCAUGGUAUCCCUCAACGAAUCAGCUCGAGGGUUCGUUUGCUCGACUGCGAAUACGCAGUUUGAGGAGGAAAAGAAGAAGCUGAAAGAAAUUCUGGAAGAGGCGGAAAAAGUUAUGAAACGGGCUCGUGAAAACAGGAGAGUAUUUAGAGCUUCGGUUUUGAAAGCCGUUCGUUUAAAGAAAACUGCUAGAACUGCCUUCGAGCAUCAGCUAACAACACACGCCACAAUAUAUCCCAAUAAGUGUUAUGGCCUUCAAGAACUGGACUGCAUUGAGAUCAUAUUUGCCGACGGCGUUAAGCUUUGGCAGGUCAUUAAGCGUCCGAGCGACCGAGAAGCUCCGCAUAAUAAUCCUUGCAGACUGCAGAUGUGGUCCGAAAGGUAG